AGUUUUGCCCUUUGACUUCCGGUAAGGGUUAGUGCGCCGCAACGACAGUGUCCGCCUGACAGCUCGUUUUGCGUUUGUUUUUUUUUUUUUUUUUUUGCGCGUGUCGUUUAGAAGAUCACAGUUGUGUUUGUUUUGGUUCGCCCCCCCGUUGGUAGCGCCAAUGUUUUCUUGCUUGAUAUUUGGUGUCGAGGGCAAAAGUGACAAUGAAUCCCGUCAAGCGCGAGCACAACGUACGAGAUGAGCUUUGAGGCGGGCGGCCCUCCCCUGAAGGACACCUUCAAGAUGAUGAGCGACAUGAUCCUGCUGUGCACCACUUUGGCGCUUUCCCUCUUCUUCUGGAUGCUUUCCCUCACACUCAGCAUAUAUUCCGGGUCGUUGCAGCCCGUGUCGCCAUGGCGAUGGCUCUUCUCCAUCUUGGUCCCGGUGGUGCUCACCAUCCGAGCCCUGAAGAGACGUAGUCUGGAUGCAUCGGGGGCGCUAGGAGCACUUUUUGUGGGCUUCGUGCUGACCAUGGCCAACUUGAGUUUCUUCUCGUCGCUGCUGGCCUUCUUCAUCACCUCGUCCAAACUGACGCGCUGGGGCGCCGCGCAGAAGAAAAAGAUGGACGCCGACUUCAAGGAAGGGGGCCAGCGAAACUGGGUGCAGGUGUUUUGCAACGGCGGCGUUCCCACGCAGCUGGCGCUGCUCUACAUGAUUGAGGUGGGCCCCGGCGAGAUGGCCAUCGACUUUGGCCGGCAGUACACGGCGUCGUGGAUGUGCCUGUCGCUGCUGGGGGCGCUGGCGUGCAGCGCGGGUGACACCUGGGCCUCCGAGGUGGGGCCCGUCCUCAGCCCGUCGCAGCCCAGGCUCAUCACCACCUGGCAGGAGGUCCCUAAAGGAACCAACGGCGGCGUGACUCACGUGGGCCUGGCGGCCAGCUUCCUGGGCGGUCUGGCAGUGGGCGGGGCGUACUUGGCCUCACAGGUGCUGUUCGUGAACGAGCUUCAGGAGUGCGCCCCCCAGUGGCCGCUGGUGCUGUACGGGGGCGCGGCCGGCCUGCUGGGCUCCCUCCUGGACUCCCUCCUGGGAGCCAGCGUGCAGUACUCUGGUACAGAAGCGCGCCAUCGGUCCGGUCCGCACGAACGAAAAGGUGUCACGGGUUGUGUUGGUGUGUCGGCAGGUUUUGAUGCCAGCAUCGGGAAGGUGGUGAGCUACGAGUCGCCCACGACGCACUGGAUCAGCGGCAGACCCAUCCUGGACAACAAUGCCGUCAACCUCUUUUCGUCCGUCCUGGUGGCGCUCGUGCUGCCCGGGAUGGCCUGGGGCUUGUGGCCGCACUAGGGAGACAUUUUGUUGACAAUGACAAACAAAUGAAGACCAAAAAAAUAUAUACAUAUAAAUACACUUCUCCAGUCGAGGAGGCGACAGGAGAAACAGAACUAUUCUAUUUCCGAAUUCAUUUGUGCAGUUUUGUGUAUAGAAAUCAAGCACCAAAGCACAGAUGGGAUUACGACGACAAAACAUUGAGAAAACAAUCAUGUCUUGAGGUACAAGUUUAAUUUGCUCCGUGACCAUCCUCGCACAAGUCAACUUAACUCACAGAAAUCAAUGGAAUGCCAUGAAUCUGUUACAGGAAAACACACACACAACCACAUUGUAUUCAUUCUUUUUUUUUAAGGAAAAUGGCACUCUACAAUACUGCAUUGGAUUUCUAAAAACAUUAUGAAAUAAAAUGUAAAAAGUAAAGAA